AUGGGACUUCACUACAAGUCUACACCUAACAAGCCCGCCAAGCGCCAAUCAAUUUUUGAUACGAGUCCAGCCUGUUGCAGUUCGUUUUGUUCUGGGAUGGAAAAUGGCAAUGGCAUUGCUGAGCAUGCCAAGGUAGGUGAAAACAAUGGUGCCACAGAUGAAGUAGUAGAGCAACCUGUGAAUGAAGAUGUGAUCUUGAGUUUGGAUGCAUCAAAGGAACGUGAUGGGGAUGAAGUAUUCGAAGAGGCUGCUGUGGCAGACCCCACAGCUGUUCACCUGGAAAAUUCCCCUAAGGCAGAAGAUGGAAAUACCGAAUUAAGUGGCACCUUGAAGGAGAAUAAUAAGGAUGAUUCAGAUUUAGUCCAUGAAGUUCAUGAGGUUGAAGAUGUGACUGUGGCUCCCGAUGCAAUUCAGAGUUCGGAGGAUGCUGUGUUGAAACCUGAAAUUUUGAAGGGUGGGGAAAAUCACGGUGAGAAAGAAGUUGGAGUGGAGAAAGUAAUGGUGGAUGAAACAAAUGGGUUCACGGAUGAUGGUAUUGCCGAUAGCAAUGAUAGUGCUAAAGAGGAUGUGAGAAAUGAAUUUAGUGCAAUUGUUGAUCCACCUGGCACUACUAGUGAAACCGAGAACGAAAAGGAUGGAUAUGAGAAUUUGGAUGGUUCAAAUGAGAAUCCUGUGAUCAACAUAUCAGGUAAGAAGAGCUUUCUUGAAGCUUUGACAUCUGGCAGUGCAAAAAGUUUGGACACAGAGAGUAUAGGAGAGCCAAUUGUUGAGAAGAUAAGGUCUCUGGAACCUAAUGAGUUGAGUAGACCAGAGACCGACUCAGAGAAGCUUGACGUUGAAACAUUUUCUCAUGAGAUGGUAGAAGCUCAAGAUGCCAAUAUUGUAGAAGGUGAUGAUAUUGGUUCAGUUAUUCCUGAAAAUGGUUCUUUGGACCAUGUGAACUUGGCUGAGAGCUCUUUGAAUCAUGGACACAUAAUGGAUGCAGAUGCUGCUGCUGAUAUUCCGAAAGAACAGAUUCAUGAGACAUCACAUGGAAUUGGAGAUGGCCGUGGUGUGAAAGAAAUUGGAGAUGGCCGUCCGUCAGAGUCCGAUUCAAUUGGGGAUGCUCUGCAUAAGAAUGGCUCAAAUGCUAUAUCCAGUACUGUAUACGAGCAGGACAUGUGUGACAACAAAUCAGUUAAUCUGCAUUCUGAACUCAAAGAGGAUCAUGUUGAUAAGCAGGAGGAGAGGCCCCAUGUCCCUCUUGCGAAUACCAGUGAUGAUAGCAUGGAACCCAAGCAACUAGAUUCAGAAUCUACUGAAGUUGAAAAAGCUGAUGGUCAGGAUGCCGACCAUGAGCAAAACCAUGGUACAUCAGCACCCAAUGUUUCUGUUUCUAAUCACGCUAAGGAAAGUGUGGGACUCGACACUAACUCGCAUCCUGCCCUUGACAGUAGGACACCUAACGUGGAGAAAAUAGAAGCUGAGCCUCCGUUAAGCUCGUCUGGACUGCCAUCAAAGAGUUUUGGAUCUUCGCAACCCAAGCUUGUCAGCACUAGUACUGAAAUAUCCGCAAACACUAUCGAAACACAAAUACAGGAAUGCAAAGGUGCAGAAGGUGAGAGGAAGGAAAUCAAUCUGUCUGGGAAUAAGGAAAAAGAAGCCACACCUGGUACUGGUGGUAUCUCAUCCAUUUCGGACCCUGAUACUGCUUCUAAGGUACAUGAACCUGUUCCUGAAGAUACAUCAGCCAUCAGAACACAGAAAAUCAAAUCUAAUCCUGUAACAACGCAACCUGUUGGCCUUAGGCAGACUACUCCACUGCCUGUCCCCACAUCUCAAAACAAAGAACGUGGCCCCAAGUCCGCCAUCAACAGUCCACCGGCCAAUACAACCUCAUCACCUUCCCCUGCCCGUCCAGCUGGCCUCGGGGGCGCCUCCCCUCUACCAGAACCCACCUCCCGAGUUGUCCAGCACCCUCGAGUGAAUGGAGCUGUCUCCUCUGCACAGAACCAGCUUGUCGAGGACCCCACAAGUUCUGAGGCCGAGGAGUAUGACGAGACCCGUGAGAAGCUCCAGAUGAUCCGCAUCAAGUUCCUCCGUUUGGCCCACAGGCUUGGCCAGACCCCACACAAUGUUGUCGUGGCCCAGGUCUUGUACAGGCUGGGCCUGGCUGAGCAGCUGCAGGGCCGGAGUGGAAGCCGCGUGGCUGCCUUCAGCUUUGACCGUGCUAGCGCCAUGGCCGAGCAGCUUGAGGCUGCUGGACAGGAGCCUUUGGAUUUCACGUGCACCAUCAUGGUUCUCGGCAAAUCCGGUGUCGGCAAGAGCGCAACCAUAAAUUCAAUAUUUGACGAGGCCAUGUUUGGCACCGAUGCUUUUCAGUUUGGCACGAAAAAAGUGCAGGAUAUUGUUGGGACUGUCCAGGGAAUACGGGUACGUGUAAUCGACACGCCUGGGCUUUUCCCAUCUUGGUCAGACCAGCGGCAGAAUGAGAAAACCCUCCGUCAGGUCAAGAAGUUCAUCAAGAAAACGCCUCCUGACAUUGUGUUGUAUCUCGAUAGAUUGGAUAUGCAGAGUCGGGAUUUCGGAGACAUGCCCCUCUUGAGGACCAUAACAGAAACAUUUGGGGCAUCGAUUUGGUUCAACGCCAUAGUCGUUCUGACCCACGCUGGUUCGGCUCCGCCCGAAGGUCCCAAUGGGACAACCACGAGUUACGACAUGUUUGUGACUCAGAGGUCGCACGUCGUCCAGCAGGCUAUACGUCAGGCUGCUGGCGAUAUGCGGCUGAUGAACCCUGUCUCAUUGGUUGAGAAUCACUCAGGUUGCAGGACAAACAGAGCUGGGCAGAGGGUUCUGCCGAAUGGCCAGGUCUGGAAGCCUCAUUUAUUGCUUUUGUCCUUCGCCUCCAAAAUUCUGGCCGAGGCAAAUACUUUGCUGAAAUUGCAAGAUACUCCUCCGGGAAGACCUUUCACCGCCCGAUUAAGAUCGCCUCCUUUGCCAUUCCUUCUCUCAUCCCUACUCCAAUCAAGGCCCGAAAUUAAACUUCCAUCUGAGCAGUUUGGUGAUGAUGAAGAAAAUGAUGCUAUCGAUGACGAUCUGGAUGAGUGUGUGGAGUCGGAUGAGGAAUCUGAGUACGAUGAGCUGCCUCCGUUCAAAACCUUGACCAAAGGUGAGCUGAACAAGCUCAGCAGAGCGCAAAGGAGGGCAUACUAUGACGAGCUUGAAUACAGAGAGAAGCUCUUGAUGAAGAAGCAGCUUAAAGAAGAGAGGCGAAGGCGGAGGAUGAUGAAAAAGCUGCAGGAGGCAGCUAAGGAUUUGCCUGCUGAGAAUGGUGAGAAUAAUGAUGAGGAAACGGGUGGUGCUUCGUCCGUACCAGUUCCCAUGCCAGACCUGGCUUUGCCCGUUUCAUUCGAUUCUGAUAAUCCAACUCAUCGGUACCGUUCGCUUGAUUCUAAUACCUGGCUCGUGAGGGCUGUUUUGGAACCCAAUGGGUGGGACCAUGAUAUCGGGUAUGAUGGCAUUAACAUUGAGAAACUGUUCACAUUGAAGGAGAAAGUGCCGAUAUCAUUCUCGGGCCACAUUUCAAAGGAUAAAAAGGACACCAACCUUCAGAUGGAAAUCGCGAGUUCUGUAAAGCAUGGGAAAGGCAAAGCAACUUCUCUUGGGUUUGACAUGCAGUCUGUUGGCAAGGACUAUGCCUACACCCUACGAGGCGAGACUCGGUUUUGCAAUCACAGGAUAAAUAAGGCGGUUGCUGGUCUCUCGGCUACUGCUUUAGGAGACGUUGUGACUGGCGGAGUGAAAUUAGAGGACAAACUAAUAAUCGGUAAAAAGGGGCAAGUUGUUAUUUCGGGAGGCGCAAUUUAUGGCCGUGGGGAGGUGGCGUAUGGUGGUAGUCUCGAAGCAACGUUUAAGGACAAGGAAAAUCCUUUGGGAAGGUUUUUCUCGACCUUAGGGAUUUCCGUCAUGGAUUGGCAUGGUGAUCCUGCUAUUGGUUGCAAUACUCAGAUUCAGAUUCCUAUUGGGCGGUACACGAACUUGGGCUGCCGUCUAAAUGUUAGCAACAGGGGUUCCGGGCAGUUUAGCGUCAAAAUCAAUAGUACCGAGCAGCUGCAGAUUGUGUUGAUUGGCUUGAUCCCUUUGGUGAAGAAGUUAAUGGGUUAUUCUCAACAAGCACAAUACGGAUAAUUAUGAUGAUGAUGAUGAAAGUUGAUAGUGCUUUAUUGUAACGGCAGUUGGACAGUAUAAAUAUGCUUUUCACGAUGGGCAGCCUUUUGCGUGAUCGUUGAACGACAUAGGUAUAGGCAGAAGACUGGGAUUAGGAAUCUGCAGGACAUUUGCAUUUUUUGCUCGAGCCCCAGAAGUCCCGAAUGCUCAGAUCAGAAGACACCAUAUUCUUCGGUUGCUUUCCAUAACGUACGGUGAAAUUCUACUCUGUGGUACUUUAAUAUUGGUUUGUAAUAAUUUUAGACGUUUGAUUGCCUUGAAAUUUUUAGAAUGCUAUUGCUGUCUAGAACUGAAUAAGUGAGUUAUUUUGCUGCUUAAGUUCUGCUCUUUUGGUUUAAAAAAUUUUACUUGCUUUGUGAGAGUGCUAUAAGAAACCACUAAAAUUUAUGCUGUAGCUCUGUGUAUAUACAUAGGGCUGAAAAUGGCCGUUGUAUGACCUGAAAAUGGUAGACACUAUUAAUAGUGCCAAAUGUUUGUAGUGGAACAGUAAUGUAUUUUAACAUGUA